AAGGGAUCUUAUAGGAUCUACUAUAACUCUCAUCAGCGUAAUGGCGCAUCACCGCCGCCACUUCUUUGCAUAUCUGCACCGCUCCUCUAAGCAACCAGUGGCCCAGGACAUACUCCCUGCAGGCUUAUUCAACACCUUAGUCUCUGAUUCAGGUGGCACUCAGUCCGCUCAAGAAAGGAGAACGGAUCUCCCCACAGCCGGCGAAUGCGCCGUUCAUCUCGAACUCCUUGAAGUAUUUCAUGCUCUACGUACCCGGAUCAUCCAGUCUAAGGAACUAGACCGUGUAUUCGGUCUCCAUUCCAGUCGCCUACGAAACCCGCGGCGUAGUAGGGAAUCGCAAGGAACCGAAAAAUGGCACCGCUUUGUGUCUCUUGCCGUCGAGAGAUUCCAGCAUUGGAUUCGCGCUGCAGAGAAACUGCUUGAGCAAGAUGAUAACGACCAAACACAUAUACUUCCACCCGUCGAUAUACUCAUGGUCUGGCACGCAUUCCUGCUCAACCCUCUUGACUACAAGAACUUCGGUACAAGCCAUCAGUUCCAUCGUACCCUGGAAGUUCCGUUUCCGUGGGGCACCAUACACAACUCCAUCAACCCAACCACCUGGUCGUAUACUCUCACCAGCCAAAACAAACAGUGGCUCGAAUCCUCAGCAAACAUACCAACCGACCUUUUCCUCAGCCUUACCAACACAACCCAAUCUACACCACCCCAACCAAACCGAACCCCAAUGACGUCAACCCCUACGGAAAACGACUCUCUACUGCACAACGUCCUCCGCCAAACAAUCUUCAUCGACCACAUGCACACCCUCAUGUGGAUUCGCAGCCCCGACAUCGAAGUCAUCAUCGACGAUGCCCGAGAAAGCUACGACAACUUUGUUGAGUUAUUCCGUCUUCAUCCGGGCGUUGUUCUGGUCCCGACUCUUGCUAUCGAUCUGGUCUGGCAUACGCAUCUGUGCAGUGCGGCGCGGUAUACGACCUGUAUGAUGGAGCGCAUAGGACGGUUUAUUAAUCAUGAUGAUAAGCUAGGUAAGGGGACGUUGGAUGAUGGGUUUGAGAGGACGAAGGCAUUGUUCGAGAAGGAGUUUGGAGGUCGAGAAGGGUCAAUAUGAAGGGGGGAUAUUGGGCAUAGGUCGGGUGUUAGAGCGAGAGUGAACACUAGCUACUACUAUUCGUAGUAUGUGAGUUAAUUAUAUCGAAAAAACAAGACGAUAAACCAAACAUGGCG